CUUCCUCCUCCUCUCACUCAUACUUUUUUUUCAGAAACCCUCGUCGCUGCGAAACGCUUCCGACCACCGGCGACCUAAAAAUCGUUUCUCUUUCUAGUCUACACUCGUUUCGAAGCAUCUCCACGACUCAGCUAGCUUUCCCGGUAAAGCAGGAUAACUACCCUAUGUUGCAACCGAGUGGUGCUGGUGGAGAAGAUGACCCUGGUUUUAAGUGGGGUGCUAGGAGAGGAGGAGUUGGACGGAAAGAUAGCCAAGUCCGGUUCUAUGAAUCAUUUACCUAUGAGGGCAUCGAGUACCGGCUUUUCGACUGUGCUUAUUUUUAUAUACAUGGUCAAUGUGAGACUUCAAUCGGGAAGCUUGUCAGCAUGUACGAGACAUCAGCAGGUGAGAAGAAAGUAAAGGUCGUUUGGUUUUUUCGACCUAUUGACAUCCGUCGCUUCUUGGGAGGGUAUGAGCCAAAAUGGAAUGAGUUGUUUCUGGCUUGUGGUGAUGAUAAAGGGGUUUCCAAUAUCAAUGAUGUGGAUACGAUCAUGGGAAAGUGUAAAAUUGUAUGCAUGUCGGAGGACCGCAGAAACCCACAACCAGAAAGCAGUGAUCUGAGGAGAGCUAAGUAUGUCUUCUCCCACACCUUCGAUACAAGGCUGAAAGUCUUAUCAAACGUCUUUGCAGAUGCAAUAGCUGGAAUUGGAGGUUUGGAGUAG